AAGUCGAAGCAGUCGACACAACAUUACAGCAAAUCGUUAAUACGUCUUCGUUCGAGUACCUGAAAUAACAACAAUAAGAUGGGUCUGCUUGCUAUUUUACGGAAAUUACGAUCAAAUCCUGAUAAAGAAUUACGAUUGUUAUUGUUGGGCCUCGACAAUGCUGGAAAGACAACUAUCUUGAAAUCUUUGGCCAGUGAGGAUAUCACGCAGGUUACUCCAACACAAGGUUUUAAUAUAAAAAGUGUCCAAAGUGAAGGUUUUAAAUUGAAUGUUUGGGACAUUGGUGGGGCUCGAAAAAUUCGACCUUAUUGGCGCAACUACUUCGAGAACACGGAUGUACUUAUUUACGUAGUUGAUAGUGCGGAUAUUAAGAGACUGGAAGAAACAGGACAGGAAUUAUCGGAGCUUCUGCUGGAGGAGAAGUUGCGUGGAGUACCAUUGUUAGUAUAUGCAAAUAAACAAGAUCUAGGACACGCUGUGACAGCGGCUGAAAUAGCGGAGGGACUCGGUUUACACAAUAUCAAGGAUCGAGAUUGGCAGAUACAAUCGUGCAUCGCCAUCGAGGGCAAGGGUGUGAAAGAGGGUUUAGAAUGGGCGUGCAAGAACAUCAAGAGGAAGUAAUAAGCACGCCGGAAGAAAAACGACACGUACACAUUAGGGCGCACAGAAGAAAGCAGACUUACACCAUCUCCAUUUCACACACAUGAUCUUUAUUUAUCUUUUAUCUACUAUUUACAAAAAAAUAUUACUGAGAACACUGUUGUUUGUGGAUUCGCUAUGAGCGUUUGAAUACCGCAGCUUGAGCUCUUACGAACCCGUUGUCGCGUAAUCGAACGUACCCACGUCGGACUUCCGUUCCACGUUGGAACGAGCUGCUCGUCAUCAGUUCCGGACUCGAGAAAGAUUCUAUUUUUUUCACAUGAAAGGAAGAGUCGCCGUCCAGCCGUAACAGCGAGCGUUAUUUUUGCA